AUGUGCCUCUGUCGUCUGCUCACGCUGCUGACGGCUUCCGCUUUUUAACCUAGGCCUGUGUAUGGCUUCCGAAUACUGCUGCCUCCACCGCCACCCUGCGCCAUGUGCCUCUGUCCUCUGCUCACGCUGCUGACGGCUUCCGCUUUUUAAACUAGUCCUGUGUAUGUCUUCCGAAUACUGCUGCCUCCACCGCCACCCUGCGCCAUGUGCCACUUUCGGGUCUCCUCACACUGCUGCCAGGUCCAGAGUCUCUCAUGGGUCCCUGUACGGCCUCCCAUUGCUGCUGUCUCCAUCGCCACUCUGCCAUGUGCCACUUUCAGGU